GACAAAGCUGUGAGGAAGACAGAAUAUCCAAGAUGGCUGGCAAACGGUGUAUCGGUAUGGGAUGUCUCAAGCGUCUGGUGCUCCUCUUCAACCUCCUGCUCUUUCUCUCGGGCUGUGCCAUUCUGGCCCUGGGUAUCAUCCUUCGUAUGAAAGAGGGUCGCUUUUUCCCGCUGGCUCCAGACCUGCCGUUGAUCCGGAACGCCGCUAAUAUUUGCAUUGCAGCCGGUUUCAUCGUCAUACUUAUGCCCAGCGUGGGAUGCUGCGGUGCAUACAAGGAAAGCACUUGCCUGCUCAAAAUGUUUUUCCUCUUCCUGCUGCUGAUCUUCCUUCUGGAGGUUGUCGCUGUCAUCCUUGCUUUCGUCUACCGAAGACAGGUCGAGACGGUAGUUACUGACGACCUGAUGAUCAAAGGUCUGAAAAAUUAUGGCAAAGAUGGCGAGGCAUGGCUUACCUUUGCCUGGGAUAGGCUCCAGACUGAGUCUGAGUGUUGUGGUGUGAAUGGCUUACGCGACUGGGCAGACAACAACGAUGACUUCAUAUUGAACCAAACCCCAGAUAGUUGCUGUUCAUCGUAUACAGAGGGAUGUGGUAUAUCAAAUGUUAUUGAAAAGUUCCAAGAGGGUUGUCAAAAAGCACUGAUCAAGCAACUGGGAGAUUCCAUCUACUACAUCGUUGCAGGAUGCAUUGCUUCCGGUGUAUGCCAGAUCUUGGGAAUGGUGUUUACUAUGAUGCUGUACUAUGACAUCAAGCGUGAAACCAGAAGCUAUGGUGAAUGGGCAUAGCCCCAAUAAUUAUGCCAAAGGAUUGUGCAUGAAAAGCAUGAAACUUCACAUGUUAGUUCUUCAUGCCCAAAAGAACAUUUUCAGAUAUGGAGGCAUUUCAUAUUUGACCUCUGGUGACCUUUGAGAGGUCAAUGGCUUUUACAUACUCUAUUCAUGACUUUUGUUCUUCAAAACUUCACUUUCCUAUGACCCAAGUCUAUCUCAUAGGUCUUCAUACCAUGAAAAUAAUUAUCAGAUGUGGAGACAAUUCAUCUUUGACCUCCGGUGACCUUUGAGUGGUCAUGACCAUUGUAAUUAAACCUCCUUAUGGCUAUUUGUAAGAUUGAUUCUUUAAACCCCAUCAUUUUUUUCACGAUUCAUGUCUUAAUUAAAGGUGUUCAUGUCUUAAUUAAAGGUGUUCAUGCUAUAAAAAGAUUUUUCACAUAUAGGCCAUUUCAUAUUCAACCUCUGGUGACCUUACGAGAGGUCAUGACCUUUGUAAAACCAUAGUCUACCUAUGGAUAUUAAUAAGAUCUACACAAUUGCAAAUGCCACUUUUUUGUAUGAAGACUUCAUCACAUGCCAAGUUUCAUGCUUUUAUCACAAAAUGCACAGUUUUGUAUAAAACAUUGUUAAUCACCCUGAAAUAUCAUAAGGAAUUUUGAAAAUUUACAUUUUUUUUCUGAAAUAUAUAAUACCUACUGAAAGUACUAAGCUGUUAAAGAGUACUAUUAAGCAAAAUUAUUUAGCAAAUUUACUUAGCAGGUUUUGACCGGAGUGGAGCGCUGUGUGGCCUCGUGG